CCGUAGAUGCCUGUUGCGCUCUUUACCCAGCAUGCACCGCGAAUUUUUAGCCAUCUUGUUGAGAGGUGGAAUUUUUUUUUUCUUCAGAAAUUUUGCUUCCCGAACUCUGUGAGCCCCGAAUCACUUUUACUCACAGCGUCUUAUCGUCUCGUUGGCGUCUUCACGAGCGAACUAGCGCGAGUCGCGAUUUGAAAAAUGAGAUAUUUGUAGUUGUGGUGUGAAAGCAAACCGUUUGCAGAAGUGUUUAUUAUUAUUUUUUUUUUAUAAGAUGCUAAAUGUGAGGCCGGGGGGAAGCGGGCCCCCAGCUCGCGCCUCGGAUUAAAGUGGCAGCUCAAGCCCGGGAGAGGCGUUACCCAGCUCGGCCUAGUGUGCACCGCGGACCCGGGACGGAGGCCGGUUUAAUCCGGUUAAAAAAAACAGUCAGUAUUAAAAUCGAAUCUGGAUUUUAAACAAAUUUUAAUGGCCAUCUCUUGGUUUGAGCGAUCGUUAGGAAUGCAACAGGACAGAAGAAGAAGAGGAAGAGCGAUGACGUAUGAUCAUUUAGGUUAACAGCUUAAAAACUGAUUUUGAUCCAACGCCACUUUUUCCCUGAGUUGUCUCUUCUUUAGCUUGUAAACGGAGUGCGUUUAUUUUUUUAGGCUCCGCGUGUUUAAGUAGGGCGUACAUUUGUCUACACAAGUAUCUUAACACUUCUAAGAUGUCAGCCAAGAAGAAGAGCUGCUUCCAGAUCACCAGCGUGACCCAGGCUCAGGUGGCCACGGUUGGCUGCGCAGAUGAUGCCGAGAGCCUGGACGAUCCGGACGAAUCCCGGACCGAGGACGCGUCGUCGGAGAUCUACGAACCGGAAGUGUGCGACCGGAGGAGUUCGGCAUCGUACAGUGCGUUGAACAGCGUCGGAGAAGGCGAGGCGGCUGCUCACAGAACGGCUCACCCGGGACAGUCUCACCAGCCUGGAGGUCCUGGUGCAGUGGGUGGUCCUGGUCAGCAAGCCACCUCCACCACCACCAGCUGCAGCUCACGCUUCCGAGUGAUUAAGCUCGACCAUGGCACAGGAGAGCCUUUCCGCAGGGGCAGGUGGACAUGCACAGAAUUCUAUGAGAAAGAACCCGAGGUGGCGACUGGUAGGACUGCAGAGGGGACCAGGCACGUCAACGAGCACGCCCCUGACCGGGAUAGCGGAUUAGGCGUCUCUGUAGUGGUUCAGUCCAGCCAGGCCUCGGAUGUCACCACCACCACCACCAUGCUCGAUCUGUCAGCAUCGCAUACCUCUGUGCACCCUUUCGAAUCCGGUAAUGACCCCGGUAAAACGGCACAGCCGGCUGUUCCCCCUCAGGCUCUUCUCGCACCGGGCUUAAACCAAGGCUCUCACGUACAGAUAUCACCCGUUACUCCACAGGCUUAUCAAAAUCAACCGCAGCAAAAUCCUCAAUUAUCCUUAGGCCUCCACAUGCCAAGCCAAACUAGCAUGUUGCCCGAGUACGGACAGCAGCACUUGCCCCACGCUGUCCCCAUGCAAGGGGAAAUCGGCAUCUCCAUACCAGCCAGCCAGUCGGGAGCUUCUGUUCCGACCCUAAUGGACUGGGCGGGAGUGAUGAGCGUGGCGGGGAUGCCGCCUCUCGCCCCCGCAACUUCGGUUCAGAUCGGACAGUAUUCGGGUGUACCCAUGACGGCUGGCCAAAAUUCACCUGUUCCGAGUGCAGUAGGCAUCCCAGUGCCCGAACAGAGUCGGAGGAAAUCGGACGCGGCUGCCUCUGCCCCCCUCGUUGCCCCUGUUAAAGAGGCUGGGAAACCCUUGAUUACGGAGGAGUUGCCCCUUAUGCCCAACCCUGGGGUGAACAGCCUGUUUGGGAUCUCCAUCCCCAUCGACGGGGACGAGGACAGGAACCCGUCUGCACUUUUCUACAAAACCUUCCAGCCUGGCGUCAGGCUUCAGAGUGCCUCUGGAGCGAGCGUCGUCGCCAUCGAUAAUAAAAUAGAGAAAGCAAUGGAUCUGGUGAAGAGCCACCUGAUGUACGCCGUGCGCGAGGAGGUGGAGGUGUUGAAGGAGCAGAUUAAGGAGCUGUGCGAGAGGAACUCAGUGCUGGAGCGCGAGAACGCCGUGCUCAAAUCUCUGGCCAACAGCGAGCAGCUGUCUCAGCUCUCGGCUCACACGGCCUCUACGUCAUCACCGACGCCGGCCUCGAACCCGCCGCAGCCCAGCGUCUCCUCCGCUUAACCAUCACACGCGUCCACGAGCACGUCGUCGCUCAGCACCAGCUUUAACCAGCAGCGCUUCAGUAUACAUGUGUGUUUGUGCGCGUGUGUGUGUGAGUACAUAUGAGUGUGUGUGUGGGGACCAGAAACGAUACAGAAGUGUUUCGUUCUUUCUUUGUUUUUUUUUUUUUUUUUUAAAGAAGAAGAAAAAAAAAAAAAGCCAUGAGAAGGGUUUAUUUUUUAAAGCCGUUUUCGAGCAAGAGUCUAUUUUUCGGAGCUGAUCAUACUUCAUGAAAGGAAAAAAAAAAAAGUAUAAAGUAUAUAUUAUUAUUUUUUUUGCUUGUGUCAAAUCACCAGUCAGUUAUUUAUUCGAGGGCUGCUACGUUCACACGUCCUGACCGUAACGAAACGUUUUUCUCUCACUCGACCCAGUAAAUUCAUUUUAAAAAGAACCGAAGUGCAGCCGGCAAAAAAACACACACACACACACGCGUUUAUAAUCACACACGUCAGAUAAAAGCAGCGGGUUCAAACACUAACGGCUGUUGGUUUUUACCUCUCAACUGCGAAUGUGAAGGGGUCACAUGAGUGAAUGUACAUGUAUUUCUUUUUUCGUAUUGUAAAGUGUGUACAGAGAGUGUCCUUGAAGAAGAAGUGAAGAAUGAUCUUCAGUUCUGGGGGACAAAAUGGAAAAAAAAUAUUUACGAAUGAAUUUUACUGCGCUCACGCUCUCUCUUUAUACCCUGACGCUUUUACGUUUUUGCUUCAUUUAUGCUUCACAUCCGGGCGCUUGAAAUGAAACACAGCCGAAGUAUCUGAUCUGCGCUUUCAAGCUAAAUGCUUCGGCUGUGUCUCAUUAAUUCGAAAACACAACUGCGGGGUUUACACUGUACGACACUGAUGCGAUUGAUUAUUUAUUUAUUUUUUUGCCUAGUGGCUAAAUUGUGUAUGAAUUUGGUUCGACAAAUGUGUUAUGAUGGAUUUCUGAUCUAAAUGGGAUGAUUUUCAUAAGUGUAGGAGCUCAGCGUAAAAACGAAUACAGAUAGAAGAAAUGAAAUGGAGGGGGGGAAAAAAAAUACAUUAAAGAUAGAUAUGACACGUCAAAGCUCUAGUACACAACGUCCGAGGUGACGGAGAGGAUUCCAACUUCAAAACGAUUUUUUUCAGCUUUCCAUGGCGUAAUCAGAAAUUAAUUUCACAGGUGAGGAUGAGGAAAUGUGCGAAAUAAAAAUCAUCUGUGCAAAUAAAUUAAAGUGUGAUCUGUCAACGUUGACGUUAACAUGUGUAGGAAAAAAAAUACCUUUAUGACCGCUCCACUGAAAAUGAUUAAAAUAACACAUUGUUAAUCAUUUAAAUUGUAGAAAUUUACUCUUCCCGCGUUUCAUCGGCACUCACUUCGGCAUCCCUAUGCUUAGAGUGUAGCUAGCUGUAGCUAGUAGGCUUCAAACAGAAAUUUUGCAACCCCAAAAAUUACUGCAUAAUGUCCACAAAUAAACAGUUGGAACUGUCAGAAACUAACCUCAACACCUCGGUCCAGUUCAUGCUUGGUUAAGAAUAGGGCUGUGCCAUAUCGUAUCGUCCGUGAUAUACCAGUACAUUUCCUCCCCAUGAUAAGACUUCGUCAUCCCGCAAUAUUGACGAUAUAGCUGAUGACGUGUUUACGCGCCGCAACGUGGGCAUCUCGGAAGGCGAGGUUCCAACCCUGGACAAGGAAGAAGAAUUAAUCCCCAAAAAACGGAGCUUCCUUUGUAAUAUGGAAGUGGUUCGGAUACAGAAGAUCAGAUGCGAGUCAGACGGCUCUCGACUGUACGCUGGUGUGACUUGCGGCCAAAAAGAUAGUGAUGAAUGUUACUAUUUUCAUAUCGUCAUUUAAAUCGUUACCGCAAAAAAAUACCAUGAAAUAUCGUGAUAUAGUUUUAAGUCUUUAUCACCCAUCCCUAGUUCAGAAUAGGUGCUAUGCAAAGUGUACGAUUGGGGAAAGAAGUCACAAAGGGCCUUUGUGCACCAUGAAGCAGUAAAAUUAUAUUGAUGUGUUACAGGCUGCAUGAGUGAACAGCUUCACGGUUUCACAGAAAUGGUAGGGAUGGGUGGGGGAAGCCUCAGAAAGCUUUAAGGCUAUUCCCAGAUUGAGCCUCAGAGUAUCGAAAAACAGCAACAUCUUGUGGUUUGCAAAAAUUAGAGCAAUGAUAAAUUCAAGAGCGUUGAUUAAGCUGCUUCUGAUAAAGCACCCGCAUGAUGUAGACCUUCAGUCUACGUGCACAAAUAGACUAACAACAAAUAGACUACUUAUUAAAAUGUGGCUAUAAGUAUAGAAGUAAUUUCUAUUUUUAUGUCACGUACACCCGAGAAAAGCAUUUAGCUGCACGUCGUACUGUGUAUGGUUGUGUAUGUGACCAAUAAAAUUUGAAUUAAAUACUAAAUAGGUGCCAAAUAUUAUAAUAUUGAUGCAAUAAAAUAAUGCUUAACUAGUGGUACAGUUCGGCAAAAUUCCAGUCCCGACACUCAACCAAUCCAACUAACGACCCAUGAUGUGAGGUGGCGUUUCGAACCUUCUGACACUCGAAAUGAUCAUGUGAUUCUCUGAAAACGAUACAAACCUCGAUACGGCGCUUCAGUGAGAUUUCUUCUGCCUACUCAAAACACACGUCAGAGCCUCCGUAUCAAAUCCAACAUCACUAAAGGAUGGUAAUAGGUUUAACUUGACGUUGAGGGAAAAUGUCCAAAAGAAACAUCAAAAAAAAAUUGGAUUAAAAUUGAGGUGUCAGAGAAAACUCGAAAUUGAAAAAGAGAAUAAAUAGAAAUAGAUUUUACAAUGUCUACCAUGGAGGAUGAGUUUAUAAAGAAAAGAUACAGAGCUGUGAUUUACUGUGAUUCUAUUACAUUAUAUUACUAAUUGUACAGGUACAUUUUACUCUUUUUAACUGAAAAAAAACCUCUUGGUUUAAUUAUUUUUUUCUUGUGAAUUUUGCAUUUAUUAUUAAAUACUAUUACAUUUUAAAACAAUUCAAUUCGAACUUUUCAAUUCAACCUUGUUAUGAAGCCGUUGGUUGUGACCGUAACUGACUGCAGUUAAGCUAGCCGCUCUUCACCAUACCACUGAAAGUCAAUUCAACUGCACGGAAAGUUUGGGGGUGUGGCUUUUAGACACUUUGCGGUAGUAGUGCCGGACGCUGAAAAAGUAGUAAGAAAAUGGCAAAACUGGUGCCAAAACAGUAAAAUCUUCAGAAUCGCCUAAACAUUUGUGCAGUUGGUGCUGCCACCAAGCAGUGCCUGACCGAUUCCCCACUCAGAACCCUCCAUCAUGGAUUCUUUCGCCAACUCUACAAAGUAUGAUAGAAGCAGCUUCAGGUGGCGAGACUGCACCAGGACAGGAAGUACCUGGCCUUGUUUUAAAGUGUGUGUAAUAGGCAUAACUAAGAAAUCUUGUUCACUAUUAUGUUGAAUCGUAAUUGGUUGCACAUGGUGAUGUCCACGUAUGAGCCUAAUGACAAGUUAAAAGCAGCUGAUUACAAGAUCUGAGGAGAUUGGAGGUGUAGCUCUUUAUCUUCAGAUUUAAAAACAUUUAAAAAAAAAUAAAAAAAUCAUUGUCUCAGUUUCUGUGAAUUUUCAGUGCAUAAAUUAAUCCAAACUUGGCUAAAAUAAUGUAGCUAAUUAAUAACAUGAACCCUUUACAAUUUGAUCUCCAUCGUCGUGUCUUGUGAGCGCUAAUCAGAUCAUCGUACAGUGUAAUCCCCAAACGACGACUCCCGAACGUGAAGCACAAGUCCAACACCUUGGCUGUGUCUCAAUCCAGUGCAAAGCACACACUGGGUUAGGGUUAGGGUUUUGAUUAAAAUGUUCGUAACAACGAGACAAUAAUCUGACCUUUGCUGUGUUUCAUUUAAACGUGCCUAACUAGAGGCGCAAAUCCGAAACAUCGGACCGCUUUAAAUGAAACGCAGCUGACAUGGAAUUCACGUCAUGGCUGUGUUUCAUUCAGAUAUCUGUAAAUAUGAGGCACAAUCUCAACAUUCUGGUUGUAUUUCAUUUAAAUAAUUCCGUAAUGUGAAGUGUAAGGCCAACAAAUAAAACAUUCUCUCACGAUUAGUACCCUGAAAAGCAACAUUCUAAACGAGACACAGUCGACGUCUGACUUGUGCUUCAUGUUCGAGCCUUUUAAACAAACUGCCUCGGCUGUGUCUCAUUCAGAAGUUUCUAGAUACGAAGUACAAGUUUGACACUAGCUGUUUUUCUUACACAGCCAAGGCGAAAGACUUGUCAUUCUUCUGAUUAAGGUUCUUCAAAUGAGACACAUCCGACACUUUUUUUUUUUUUUUUUUUUUUUUUUUUUUUUAAUCUUUUCAGGUUGGGAUGGGGGUUUACAAAAUAAAAAAAUAAAAGCUGUGAAAAAUCGUUUCAACCGACUUUGUAACCAAAGAUGCAAAGCAGUGUAAUUUUUUUUUUUUUUUAUUUUAUGCACAUUUUGUUGUUAUUGUUCACAAUUGUCGUCGCUUUUUAGCAUGUUCUUGCAUGUUCUAGUAUUUUCUUCUUUUUUUUUUUUUUUUUUUUUUUUUAAAUGUCGAACCACUUCCAUACCUCAUGUUUGUAUUCUGGUUGUGAGAUAGGCUGUGAACAAUGUCAUGACAGGGGGAGCGGAGAUUGGGGGGGUAGGUGGGGGGGGGUAAAAAGAAAAAAUGAAAACUAGUGUUCUUUCUGCGCACUAGCCAGCGGAAAAAAAUAUGAAGUGAGCCAUGUUUUUGUUCCUUUAAAUGGUGUUGGAGUUUCAUAUGCCAAUAGUUUUGUUACAUUGCAAAAACAAAUUUAAUGUAUUUAAAUAAAUGCAAUAUUCAAACUCCUGA